AAUGUUCCAAAGAAGAAGACCCAUUUUCCAGAGAGUCUCGAAAAUACUGAAAGUCUCGAUCUUGAGAAGACCAAUCAUCCCAAGACUCAAGCUUCCCAGAAAACAAAGAAGAUCAGCCAAGAGGAUCAAGCUCCUUCAACAAUACAACUACAAGUUUCUUCAAGAGUAUCAAUUCUCGCCUUCACGCACAUCCCUUACUCGAUACCGUAGGAAGCGAAUUAGCAUAUCUAGAUCAGGUCUUAAACACGUUUACAGUUUAUUGUUUCUUUCACGGUGCAUCGGCCGGUCCAAUGAUGAGUGUCCUGUUGAUACAAGAACACAAAAUUGGAUGGAGACGGAGAUGGAGAUCGAGCCUCUGCAUUGUGUUCCUAGAGUUGCUUCUCCAUCAAGGGAUCUUUUGCAGCCCAUCGAUUACUUCAGUGAAGAUGAUUCCAUUGACCUGAAGGCUGAGAGGUUCAUCGAAAAGUUCUACGAUGAGAUGAGGAUGCAGGAGCGGCAAUUUGCUUGA